UCCUCCUCUUCUUCUUCGUCUUCUUCAAUCUCUCUCCCAAUCUCACAAAAAACCAAAAACCCUAGAAAAAAAAAAAAAAAACCCUAGAAAUUGGAGGAAGAAGCUCUUACUGGGGUGGGGCUGGGCAUGGCGCGGGAUCUGGAGAGGUCGGUGCUGUUCCGGGCGCUGAGCAUGCGGCGCACGUGGGUGGCGCUGUUCCUCGUCGCCUACGCGCUCGUGCUCUCCUGCUCGUGGCGCCUCCUCCUCUCCAUCCGCGCCUGGUACGCCGGAGCCGGAGAAGGAGCCGGGGCGUGGAGGGCGCUGUACGCGGCGGUGAUGUGCGGGGGGGUGUUCGGGGCGGCGGCGAUGGCGGCGGCGGCGGCGGCGGCGUUGCCGGCGGCGGCGGUGGCGUGGAUAACGGUGCUGGUGCUGCUGGCCUUCGCGGGGCGGCCGCGGCGGGCGCUGGGGACGACGCCGACCGCGCACCAGGCGACAUGCCGCCCUCGCACCUCAAGCUCCUCCUCCGCGAGGCAACGCCGUCGCCGCCCUCUCGCCGCCGCCCUUCUCGCACUCUCCUCCGCCGCCCCCGCCGGCGCCGCGCCGCGGCCGACGAUGAUGCCAUUGUAG